AUGUCUUCGCUGAUUCAAUGUACCGAUGACCUCCUUCGUCAGAAGGCUGUGCAAUCCUCGCACUACGAGCGGCUGGAGCGCCAGCUGUUGGAUGGGGAGAGGUGCCGCCGUACCGCUAUCUUGGCGCUGCGGCAGCGAGUCGCGGAUGUCACGCGGCGUGGCAAGGAUGUUGCUGACCUCCGCCGCGAGAACCACCAGCUAGCCGAUCAGCUUGCCCAGCAUGCGCUUCAGCUCGCUGCGCUGCAGUGCCGCAGCACGGAGGCAAAGAAGCGAGGGCUCGCUGCAGUGGAGCGACUUGAGGACGGCAUACGAAGUUUUUCAGGUCAUCCGGCACGUGUUGUACUCCUUGUGCAAGCCCUGCAGGCUCAGACGCAGUUGCACUGCGCAGGCAGGCGCUUCUCGAAGGCGCUCCAGUUGUUGUGGGCCACAUUACGCGUGCGCCGACAGGCGUUCGUCUUUGUAGUGCAAUCGACACGGGUGCUCAGCUCGCACGCCGCCUUGCAUGCUCGUUUGGCGAGUGUGCUGCGUGACCGGGUGACGCGGUGCUUGGAGAUGCGUGAUGCAGCUUGUUCUCGCUCACAAGCCGCAACAGCUGCACGUGAGGGCCGUGUUAUGGCAGAGCAGCAGACAGCAGAGCGAAAGCUUCUCGCUGUAAAGUCCCAUUCGGAUUUUUUGAGUGUUUACGCUGAGGCUCUCGAUGACAUGUGCAGAGCAGCUAAGGAAGACGUUGCCGCGCUGUCAGCCACGAUCGACAACUACGAUGCGCCCUUGUCGGCUAUGCACGAGACGCUGCAGGAGAAGGCGGCGGCGGUGUCUGAGGCAAAACAAUCUUUGACGGCACAGCAGACAGCGCACGCGGAGGCUUUAAAGUUGCACGAAAUGCAUCUGGCGCGGACUACGGAAGAACUCUCCGAUCUGGUAACCGCCGAGGGACUCGCUAACACACAUGCAGCGGAGCUGCAGCGCUCUGUGCACAGCGAGGAGAAGCAUACUCAGCCUCUUGCGCGCCGAGUGUACGCCUUGGCGUUUCUCAUCCUUCUCUGCGAACGUGAUCAGCUGCGGCUCUCCCAACAGCGUACGGCACAAGCGGAGGAGCGGACGAAGGUGGAGCUCGAGCUUACACAGCUCCGUACAUGGCACGAAGAGCGGCUGGAGCGGCUGCGUGCGACACGAGCAGCGGCAGCGUCCGCUGCCGCGCGAGAUGCGCUGUUGCUAAGGGAGGGGCAGGGCCGCAAAGCCGCAGUGGAUCUCGAGGAGGACGAGUGGCGGCUGCUGUACGCGCAGCUAUUUCACGACGUGUGUCGUGCACGUGCUGACGCUUCUGCCGCAGUGGCCGCCGCCAAAAGCGCUCAACGGCCAUCGGCGGCUGGCGGAAGAGAGGAAGGGGAGGAAGGACGGAGUGCGCGUCGUUCGCAGCGCAAGCGAGCACGUGCGGUGAGACAGUCGCACGUCACUAAAACGACUGCGUCGCGUCGGCAGCGGGCAGCGCUGGAGGCGGUGGAUGCGUCGACUCUUACGUCGUCGCAGCAUAGCAACCCUGGAUACCGUACCACCACGCAUGUGGAUGGGGAGGUCGCAGCGGCAGAGUUGACGGCACAGGAACAGCGAAGCGGCGCUGCGCGUGUGAUGACCAACAACCACGCAACACCACAGCUCCAGUCGACGGCCUCGUCCACCCUGCGCCCGUCGUACCGGCUUACUUCCGUGAAGCCUGCCACAGUGGCAAAGAAACCGACACGAGCGGCCCCGGUGGCAGCAGCGUCGCGUGUUUCUCUGUCUGGCAAAAAGCGAAAGGUUAACGGAGGAGCCGUUGCAGGCGCAGGUGGCGUGCAGCACACCCCCGCAGCGGCAGCGGCGCGCGUAUCGGCCAUGUCACCAUAUACUUCAGCAAUGAGCGACGAGUCUUCAGAUUCGAGCUUCUCUUUGGUGAAUAGUCGAAAGAAGGUUGCUGCGGAGACCGACUCCUGGAGCGACAUGUCAGACAUCCGGCUGUCCUCUCCAUCGCCCUCCCCGCGAUGCCCGCACGGAAGGCGCGCGGGCGCUGUUCCGCCUAUUGCUGCUGCGAAGCCUCUUCCCAGGCCUGUUCUCCGACAUGGAUGUGGCGAGGCUGCCGUGACAACCGCCCAGCACAUCUCCGGGAGCGCGUUGGCUUCUGCGCUGGCCGCUUGCACACCGCGCGGCCCCGCCAUUGGCAGGGAUGACGGCCAAACAUCAGCACAUUCGUCUUCUUUUCUGCCUCACUUCACAGGGAACUUCGUGGCGCUUCCAAGCGUGGGCAGCGGGACACGGCUGCCCCACACGUCACUGCCGCCACGCCCCACAAUGUCGAAGGCGGUGCCGCCACCGCGGCGCCGUGUACCUUUUUUGGCGGCAUCUUUCACCGACGCCGGUGAGGACCUCUUUGCGGACAUGUUCUCAUGA